AUGGAGUUUUUAUUUAGAUUUUAUUUGGGACUGACUUUGAUUGCAGUUUUGUGUGCUGAAGAUGAUUUAAAAGACUUUGAGUUUUCUGAACCAAACGAACUGCUAAUCGCUCAAGAGUCGAAGCAUUAUGAAAACAUUGUCAAACCGCCGAUCACGAUUAUCAAACCCACAGGAGUGACCAACUCUCACAGGCCACAGUACAAUUUAGACUCAAUGGAAUCCGAUCAGAAUGUAAAGGAACUUGAAGCGACUACAAAAAAGGCUGUUGUGAAAAAUUAUAGAAAUAAGGAGAGUAUGGUAAAGAACGCUGUUCUACGAGCACUAGAGAGAAAGGACCAUGUGGGCAAGUUUGCGGAGAUUAUUCCCAUCAUCAGAGCUAUGUCUGGAAACCAGCGUGUCACACUGGCAUCAUUAGUGGCCAGCCAAGUCACUACACCUCCAGGAAGACAGCCACUCAAUCUAUCUCAGGUGAGAUCAAUGUUCAAUAACGAAACUUCAGACCUAAUGUUACCAAUACUAUUGGACACGGCCAAUCUAAUCCGUCGCGCCAUCAGACCAGGCAAAGAGACUCGUGAGGUCAAGACUUCCAACGUACUUCAACGACGAUCAUUCACAGAGGAAUUAGACGACAACCCUUUCGACACCGGGGCCCAAGAAAACACUCAAAGUACCAGGACACCUUCCAUAUACCAAAAACUUCGUAACAGACCACCAAGAUUACCAUACAUUAAAACAAAUAUGGCCAAUCAAAGUAAUGCACGAGACAGACUUGUCAAUCUGACACAAAACAAAAAAGAAAAGCUAACAAACAACGUGCCGGUUGAUGUUAACAAUAACGUAAACCUAACUCGGACAGCAAUUUCAUCUAAAGCAGACUUCAUACCAACGUACAGCAUGAAAGAAAACAAUGAAACUAUGGAUUUAGAAACAGAAGCAUCGAACCAAACUUUAGCAGAUCUUCCCAUACCUGAAAAACUUCGCUCACUCAAUAGAUACAUUGACAGAAAAGGCAACCUGAUGCAUAGGAACAACUUCCCAGUUAAGCCAACUGCAGUAACCCGUCGUUCCACCGAACCAACAUCAAUGAUCAGACGACGGCCAGUUCCUUCCAGGAAUUUAACACCAUCAUCAGACCAUGCAAAAUGUGAAUUAUUCACUAACACACUUUGUCUACAUUCUGAAGAUUAUCCGAUGGAAGCAAUAGUCCAAUCAAUCAGGCGUAACAAGGCAGCGGCGUCGGCUUUGCUGGCGGAUUUUGAGGAGCCAAGCGAGGGAGCCGUAGAUGGAAUUACACAAGCACAAGAGGCCAAAUAUACUGCGGAACAUUAUCUUGUAUCUAAUAGGCGGGGAGACACGGCCAAUCGUGAUUUUGCAGGCGCUGGUGAAGCAGGAUUCAUGUGCCCAAGUACCGUGAAAUAUGCCAGGCCACAGAGAGCACGCGCCACCUCAGGCCAGUGGAAAUAUAUUGUGAACACAGGAGAACAUACACAAACACUACGACUUGAAAAAUGCCUAAAACCUAAAGAAUCGUGCACAUAUCUAACCGACAAUUUUAAAUCAAAAUGUGUUCAAGUUUACAACUACCAUAGACUUCUAACUUGGGACCAGCAGAAUGGAUUACAUAUGGAUAUAUUUAAAGUUCCUACUUGUUGUUCCUGUCAUAUCGAAGGAUACAGCGUUUCUUUUCCUCCGCUCGGACAAAGACUACAUGAAACAUCUUCUGAACACUUUCCUGGGGAAGAUUUGUCUUCAGACCAUGGAAAUCAAGCCUUUGAAUCUGUUCAGCCUACUAUUCAAAGACCAACUGUAACGAAAUCACCAUCUUUCUUGUUUAAUAAGCAGCAAGAAUCUUUUCCCUUUUCUGAUAACCAUAAUUUAAUACCUGGCUCAUCUUUGAAUAGUGCAAGGAAUAAUGAAAACGAUGAUUAUAAAAUCUCUCCGUCUAACCCAAUGGAUUCAUAUGGUAAUACUUAUUUUUCUGAUUCAUUCAAUCAAGCCACGUCUGUAAGAAGUAUAAAAAGACCUAUAAAUCGUAAACCUGUUUCUUCGGUUGCAUCAGAUUCAUUACCGAGCUACUUAGAACCACCAACACCCUCGGCUCCCUCAUCUUUCUCAUUUAAUAAGGAAGGAAUAAAUAAAUAUAAAAUUUUAGAUAGUAGUCAAUAUAAAAGAAAUCCUUUGAGACCUAAUCGAAGACCGAUAAGAAAAAAGAUUAGUGGACCAGAAGAUUUAAUGUCUUCAGGUACAUCUGCCAUUGGUUCUUAUGCAACUGACAAUUCAGACAGUUUUGAAAAUAUCAAUGAAAGUCAUGAUGACUCUGAAUUGAACAUCAAUAAAAACCAUCAUAAAAUUAAAGCUACAAUAGCUCCAAAGCUUGUCUCUGUUACUUCUGAAAGAAAUAUACCACAUAUACCACAAGAGCAACAUUCAAAUGAUGAAAUCAGUAAUGGAAAAAAAGUUAAUUAUAACUACCACCCCAUAAUAGACUUUUUUGAUGAAGAUGUCGCUGUCGAAGACUCCAUUGAUAGAGAAGAUACCAAACAAACCUACAUAAAUCCCUCGGAAUCUGAAUGGAAACCUAUAAACCAUCAAUUUUUAACUGAUUCAAAGAACGCUAACGCAAUAGGUCGAAAGAAACAUUAA